AAGGUCAAUUCAUCAAUUGCCGAUUGCAAACUUUAAUAGUAUUAUUUAAUUACAGUGUUUAUCGGCUUAUUAACUUGGCAAACGUAACAAAGCUAUCACAUAUAUAAGUCGUUUUUUAGUUGUUGAAGUAACAAGUGUAUAUAAAACAAAAAAUGAGUCGGUUUGAUGUUGUUGAGCAAGGUCCACCUAUUGAGGUUUUCCAACUUAUGAAACUAUUUGCAGAAGACACGUUCAAAGACAAAGUUAAUUUAAGUGUUGGAGCAUACAGGGAUGAAAAAGGAAAACCAUGGGUACUGCCCGUGGUCCGAAAAGUGGAAAAGAAAAUGGCUGAAGAUGAAACUUUAUUACACGAGUACCUACCAGUAUUAGGCUUGGAGCAGUUCAGUAAUGCUUCAGUGUCCAUGUUACUUGGUCAAGAUAACCCAGUCAUCGCUCAAGGCCGUGCUUUCGGUGUCCAAACACUUUCGGGUACUGGUGGUCUGCGUGUCGGUGCGGAACUCCUCAACAAACACCUCAAAUACACCACCUUCUACUACUCCAGUCCGACAUGGGAGAACCACCAUUUGGUGUUCAUGAACUCCGGCUUCACGACACCCAAGGUGUACCGUUACUGGGACCCCAACACUCGAGCUAUCGACUUCGACGGAAUGAUCGAAGAUCUGAGCAACGCGCCAGAGAAUGCCGUGAUCAUCUUACAUGCUUGUGCGCAUAAUCCUACUGGCAUUGAUCCUACGAGGGAACAGUGGAUAAAGAUCGCCGAUGUUAUGGAGCAACGCAAGCUGUUCCCGUUCUUCGACAGCGCGUAUCAGGGGUUCGCGUCGGGCGACCUCGACAACGACGCGUGGGCGGUGCGCUACUUCGUGCAGCGCGGGUUCGAGCUCGUCUGCGCGCAGUCCUACGCCAAGAACUUUGGAUUGUACAACGAGCGUGUGGGCAACUUGUCCAUCGUGGUGAACAGCGCGGCCCGGGUCGCGCCGCUGAAGUCCCAACUGACGUGGAUAGUCCGCGGCAUGUACUCCAACCCGCCGGCGCACGGCGCGCGCGUCGUUGCCACCGCGUUGAGCGAUGACAAGCUGUUUGAUGAGUGGAGAGACCACAUCAAGAUGAUGUCUUCCAGAGUCAUGGAAAUGAGACAGGCGCUGAGGCAGGAGUUGAUCAACCUGGGCACCCCCGGCAACUGGGACCACAUCGUCAAGCAGAUCGGCCUGUUCUCCUACACGGGGCUGACGCAGCAGCAGUCGGAGUACCUGGUGUCCAACUACCACAUAUACCUCCUGAAGUGCGGCCGCAUCAACAUCUGCGGCCUCAACCGCGACAACGUCAAAUACGUCGCCGCCGCCAUACACGACGCCGUCACUAAGAUCCAUGACCCGCGUGCCAGACUGUAAAUAAGAGUUGAAGACCUUAUAAGACUUGUGAUAUAAAAAAGUCAUAUUAAAAUUGAAUAAAAUCUAUUUACGUUACCAAA